UGCAAGCUCAAGCUCGAUCGUUUUUAUCAUUUCGUGUAAAAACACGUUGAAUGAGCCGUAUUUUACGAAGUUCGGAGAUGAGAAAGGUUAACUGAAAAAUUGAAUGAUAACGUCAACUGUGUUUUCGAAGCAAAAUGAAACAUCAAAAGAAUCGCGAAGUGACGUGGACCAUUCUAGAACUCAGAGGUCUCCUAGAAGACGAGGAUUCUCACGUGCACUUUGCGAGGACCAUCAAGCACGUUGCAUUACAUCCAUAUCACUUGAACAAUAUUCAGCGAGGUCUAAAUCAGAUUUUAAGAUCGUUGUUGAAUACUUACGACAGAGAAUUGAAAGGAUUUGUACUGGCUUUUAAAAAUCCUAAAUUGCUUAGCAAUCUGGGAGAAUUGUUUUAUGAUUCUCCUUUUAUUCAUGUCAACAUUGAAGCAGAUUUCUAUCUGUUCCGUCCAAAGACUGGAUUUUUUCUGAAAGGUAUAGUGACUAAGAAGAGCCUGGACUAUAUUGUAAUGCUGGUACACAAAAUAUAUACCGUAUCUAUUCCGAAACCAGAUAAUACAAAGCAAUGGUUAGGUGAGUCAGUGGAGAUUGGUCAGGAAAUAAGAUGUUGCGUCACUCAACUACAUCAUAAGAGCAAACCUCCUUUCAUCUGCGCCAGUUUGAAAUCCGAUUAUUCGCAAGGUUGUAGAUUGUCAGAAAACAUAAUUAAUAUCGAUAUGGACAGUGCAAUUGAAAGUACAAAUAACUCUAUGAAGAUUGACAUUGAUGGAAUAUUGGAAAAUGAUGGUAUCUCUGAGAAAAAGAAGAAAAAACAAAAAAAACACCGAAAAAAACACAAGUUUCAGGAACAGAAUUCAGAAGUCGUUUGUAAAAUUGAAAAUGAAUCAGAGUCGAACAUAGAAAGCAAUAUUUCUACAAUUAUUGAAUCUGAAAAGAAACGGGAAUGUAUUUUAUUAAACAUUGGUGUGGACAGUGCAACUGAAAAUACAAAUAACUCUACGAAGACUGACAUUGAUAGAAUAUUGGAAAAUGAUGAUAUUUCUGAGAAAGAGAAGAAAAAACAAAAAAAACACCGAAAAAAACACAAGUUUCAGGAACAGAAUUCAGAAGUCGUUUGUAAAAUUGAAAAUGAAUCAGAGUCAAACAUAGAAAGCAAUACUUCUACAAUUAUUAGAUCUGAAAAUAAACAGGAAUGUAUUUUAUUAAAUAUUGAUGUGGACAGUGCAACUAAAAGUACAAAUAACUCUAUGAAGAUUGACAUUGAUGGAAUAUUGGAAAAUGAUAGUAUUUUAGAGAAACAGAAGAAAAAACAGAAAAAACACCGAAAAGAACACAAGUUUCAGGAGCAGAAUUCAGAAGUUGUUUGUAAAAUUGAAAAUGAAUCAGAGUUGAACGCAGAAAGUAAUACUUCUACAGUUAUUAAAUCUGAAAAGAAACAACAAUGUAUUUUAUUAAAUAUUGAUGUGAACAGUGCAACUGAAAGUACAAAUAACUCUAUGAAGAUUGACAUUGAUGGAAUAUUGGGAAAUGAUGAUAUUUCUGAGAAAGAGAAGAAAAAACAGAAAAUACACAGGAAAGAACACAAGUUUCAGGAGCAGAAUUCAGAAGUUGUUUGUAAAAUUAAAAAUGAAUCAAAGUUGAACAUAGGAAGCAAUACUUCUACAAUUAUUAAAUCUGAAAAGGAACAGCAAUAUAUUUUAUUAAAUACUGAUGAUUCUUUAAAUAAUUUGGAAGUCGAUAAUAUCUCUAAGAAACAUAAGAAAAACAAGAAAAUAUCUAAAUCACUACUUAAUAAUGAAACAAUUUUGGACGAACUUACCGAGUCACGUAAAGCUGCAAAGAGAAAAAAUUCUAUUCUAUUAGAUAAUAUUACUGAAACAAAGACGAAAAAGGAAAAGAAAUGUGAAGAAAUCUAAAGAAUCUGAUUCGGAAUUUAUAUUAAUAAAGAAAACGAAGAAGAAAUAAUUAAUAGUACAAGGAAUAUUAUUCCCUAUCUUAAAUGUGAAGAAAAACAACAUAUGCUUAAGAAGCAUAUUGUUAUUAAAUGUCAAUACUUUUUAAAAUAAUUUAGAAAGUAGUAUAUCUAUAAAAUAUAA